CCUGAAGGCCCCGCCCCUGCCUCCUCCCCUCUCCGCUCGCUGCUCCCGGAGUAGUUGGUGCCAGUGAAGUGAGGGCGGCGAUGAGAGCGAAAGUUGCGCUCGGCUCGUCGCUGGGUGCUUGAAGCGGCUCCACGCUCUACCCGUCUGGGCCUCCCCCGACUCGGACUCGCGCCCGUGGGCUCCCGUAGCGCCCGCCCGGCCCCGCGCCCCCUCCCCCGGCUCGGCGCCCCCUCCUCAGGAGCCGCGGGUCCCCGCCACUUUCGCACGGCCCCGGCCCCCGCCGAUGCCGGCCAUGGUGGAGAAGGGCCCCGAGGUCUCAGGGAAGCGGAGAGGGAGGAACAACGCGGCCGCCUCCGCCGCCGCCGCCUCCGCCGCCUGCGCCUCGCCAGCCGCCACUGCCGCCUCGGGCGCCGCCGCCUCCUCCGCCUCGGCUGCCGCCGCCUCGGCCGCCGCCGCCCCCAAUAAUGGCCAGAAUAAAAGUUUGGCGGCGGCGGCGCCCAAUGGCAACAGCAGCAGCAACUCCUGGGAGGAAGGCAGCUCGGGCUCGUCCAGCGACGAGGAGCACGGUGGCGGUGGCAUGAGGGUCGGACCCCAGUACCAGGCGGUGGUGCCCGAUUUCGACCCCGCCAAACUGGCAAGACGCAGUCAAGAACGGGACAAUCUUGGCAUGUUGGUCUGGUCACCCAAUCAAAAUCUGUCAGAAGCAAAGUUGGAUGAAUACAUUGCCAUUGCCAAAGAAAAGCAUGGGUACAACAUGGAACAGGCUCUUGGGAUGCUCUUCUGGCAUAAACAUAAUAUCGAAAAGUCGUUGGCUGAUUUGCCCAACUUUACCCCUUUCCCAGAUGAGUGGACUGUGGAAGAUAAAGUCUUAUUUGAGCAAGCCUUUAGUUUUCAUGGGAAAACUUUUCAUAGAAUCCAACAAAUGCUUCCUGAUAAAUCUAUAGCAAGUCUGGUAAAAUUUUACUAUUCUUGGAAGAAGACAAGGACUAAAACUAGUGUGAUGGAUCGCCAUGCCCGGAAACAAAAACGGGAGCGGGAGGAGAGUGAGGAUGAACUGGAAGAAACAAAUGGAAAUAAUCCCAUUGACAUUGAGGUUGAUCAAAACAAGGAAAGCAAAAAGGAGGUGCCCCCUACUGAGACAGUUCCUCAGGUCAAAAAAGAAAAACAUAGCACACAAGCUAAAAAUAGAGCAAAAAGGAAACCUCCUAAAGGAAUGUUUCUUUCUCAAGAAGAUGUGGAGGCUGUUUCUGCCAAUGCCACUGCUGCUACCACGGUGCUGAGACAACUAGACAUGGAACUAGUUUCAGUCAAACGACAGAUCCAGAAUAUUAAACAGACAAACAGUGCUCUCAAAGAAAAACUUGAUGGUGGAAUAGAACCUUACCGACUUCCAGAGGUCAUUCAGAAAUGUAACGCACGUUGGACUACAGAAGAGCAGCUUCUCGCCGUACAAGCCAUCAGAAAAUACGGCCGAGAUUUUCAGGCAAUCUCAGAUGUGAUCGGGAACAAAUCAGUGGUACAAGUGAAAAACUUUUUUGUAAAUUAUCGACGCCGCUUCAACAUAGAUGAAGUUUUACAAGAAUGGGAGGCAGAACAUGGUAAAGAAGAGACCAACGGGCCUAGUAACCAGAAGCCUGUGAAGUCCCCAGAUAAUUCCAUUAAGAUGCCUGAAGAGGAAGACGAGGCUCCUUCUGUUCUGGAUGUCAGAUAUGCAUCUGCCUCCUGAGAAACUCUGGUGGCUUUGAACACUUGGUGUGGACUACUGUGUUAUCCGGGAUAUCAGGUAUUACGAGACAAACAUCACCUAGCCAUCUGCAUCACAUCUCUCUGGACAAGCAGCUAUUACCAAAAAAGGCAUAUACUUCCAGUCCUGUGCUCCAUCUGCCUUAAUUCUUUGCUCGUUCCUCCAUGUUGGCGCCACUUCCCAGAGAGCUCCACUGCAUCCCACACUCUGCCCACGUGCUGGGGAAAUCUCAUGGCCUGCACAUCUCUUGUGACUCUGGGAACCGCCUCCCCCGCCGGAGCCCCUGAGCCCCACCAAUGGCAGCUCUUCCCAGUCAGCAGCUUCAGAGCAGGCAGUCUCCUUGGAAGGCCCGACUCUGUUCCUGCAUGGCCUGCAAUUUCUACUUUGUGCAUAGAGUAAUUUUCAGAGUAACCGCGACCCUGUUGGCCUUCUAGAAAGUUUGUCUUUUUCUUUUCUGAGACAACCACCUAAGUGAUAAUAUGCUUUUUUGGAAAUCAAUAUAUAUUGCCGGACUGCAUCAUGACCUUUAUCAUGCCAAGCAUCCUGAUGCAGCUCACAUUUCCCUAAAUAUGGGGUAUAGGUAUGGUUUAUAAAUGGAGUUGGCUUAAACCUCUCCCUUCUCCCUUCCCAAGUGUCACAAAGCUCAUCUACUGCAACUGUCAUUGGACGCUGUAGCUUAAAGGGAGUGUGGACCUCAGUGCUUUCUGCCUUCAACUUUUCAGCAUUGUGACCCCAGGGUGGGUGCCACCCCAUCUUUUCCUGCCCCCUCCACCCCCACCCCCCACCUCCAAGAGGUUCGGCCCAUAUCACUGUACCUGGUGCUUGUACAUUUGGAAUUGGUGCCUUCUCCUUUUGGCAACCAUGGUAUCAAUCCUUUUUCUCUUUUAGUGUCUUAUUUCUUCUUUCAAGUUAUUUGCUAGCCAAAGAUGACAUCACUGAGAUUAGGAGACAGGGGAGAGCUUGCUGCAGAUUCUGACAGUGCAGAUUUUAAAUGUCAGGAUAUUAGGAUAGCUGGCGCUGGUUUAUGAAAGCUGCACGUUGUUCCACGUUCUCUCGGUGUGCCUGGCCCUUUAAGUGGCACACUGUAUGUCAGUUUGUGUCCUUCAUGUGCCGAUGUGAUCACACAAACACCAUCCACUCUCUUUUCAUAUCAGAGUACAGGACAGAGAAGUGAUCAAUGUGUUGGUCUAGUGAGACUGAGAUGAAAAGAAAGAACCUACAAAGUGGUCUGUAAUGCCUUUUGGUUGGACUGGGAACAAGUAAAAAGUUCUAAUAAACAUUUUGAGACUUCCAGAA